GCAUCCCCAGAUGGUGCUGGUCUGGUUUCUGAAAGAAGGAAGAUGAAUCCCAUCUGGUGGGGUCCAGCUCCCCAGAUGUGGGUCCACCUUUUAAUUGUAAGGACUAUAAAUCUCAUAACAGUGAUGCCCAGCUUCCCUUGGUCAAAACUAUAAAUCCUUGAAUUGAUGUUCAUCUUCCUUUCUCAAGCUGUUUUUCUCUGCUUUAUUAAGGCGUGAGAUAAGCAUGUUUCCUUUAUAUACAUUCCAAAGCUAGAGUUUCAAGGAUACAAGCAAUAUUCUAAAAUUAUACUUCAAAAGGUAAUUAUUGCAAAAUUCUUUAAGGUUUAGCUAUAAGCAAAGAGCAACAUCCUUAACACUUUAGCUCAAAUGCUCCUAAAUCAACUAAGAUUAAUUGCAAACAAAACAUAGGUUCCAAGGCCUUCUUCCAUGCUUUGCUUUCCUCAGUUAUUAUUAGAAUUCAUCUUUAUAACUGUCCCAUGAUCGGUCUCCACACAUCUCACAAUCACAAAUACACACAUUGCCUGUGUGUACCUGACACCAAACACAGCUUUGUAUUUCACAAUAUUCCUUUUAAUAUUCGCAAAAAGCCAAUCGUAAAAUACGUAUUUUUCGCAGGGCCAAACGCCGGGGCUGCAGCGCGCUCAGUUUUCCAUGCUGUCCCCGCUCAGUGAUGCCGUUCCCAGGCAGGGACCGGGCUCUGCCCAGCCCGGCCCGGCUCGGCUCCGGGAUCCGGAGCUCUCCCCGCGAUCACAACUUUGCAGGCUCCCCCUCCUUUUCCUUCCCAGCAGGAUUUCUGCUCCGAACGCUCCGGGUUUCCUGUUCCCAGCUGGGCAAGGGGAGGGACUGCCGGCCCCGGGGCCUCGCAAGCCGAGCUCUGCCUCCGGAGAGGAGGAGGAGGAGGAGGAGGAAGAGGAGGAGGAGGAGGAGGAUGGGUCCGUCCCCCCAGCCCUUGCCCGGCUCCAUGUCCCGCUCAGCGCCGACACCAUCCUCAUCCUCACCGCACGGGAAUGAAGGAGCAGAAUCUGGGCUGCCAGGUCAGGGAGGGGGGAUUUAAUCUCUGGGGCAGAUGAAGAGGCUCUGAACAGAUUGAAGAAGCUCUGAAGAUAUUGAAGAAGUUCUGGAGAUAUUGAGGAAGCUCUGAAGAGACUGAAGAAGCUCUGAAGAGACUGAAGAAGGUCUGAAGAGAUUAAAUAAGCUCUGAAGAUAUUGAAGAAGCUCUGAAGAGACUGAAGAAGCUCUGAAAACAUUGAAGAAACUCUAAAGAUAUUGAACAAGCUCUGAAGGUAUUGAAGAGGCUCUGAAGAUAUUGAGGAAGCUCUGAAGAGAUUCCUCUUUGCUGUCGAAGUCCCGGGGAGGAUUUUCCAGCAUGCCAGGGGCAGGAGAGGGGAAGGAGGAUGAGGAGCUGGAGGAUGAGGAGCUGGAGGAUGAAGAGCUGGAGGAUGAAGAGCUGGAGGCUCCGGAGGCUCCGUCAGCCGGGAAGACCCGAGGCUCAGGAGCAGGAUGGGCAUGGGGAGUGGUGUUCCACUUCUUCCUGGUCAAUGUGCUCGUGAUGGGGAUGCUGAAGACCUUUGGGAUUUUCUUUGUGGCUUUCCGAGAGGAGAUGGGGGGAUCCUCAGAGCAGCUCAGCUGGAUCGGCUCCAUCAUGUCCUCGCUGCGCUUCCUGGGAGCCCCGCUGGUGUCCGUGCUGUGCCGACGCCUGGGAGAGCGCCCAAUCUCCAUCCUUGGCGCUGGGCUGGUGGCUGGGGGCUGCCUGCUCAGCACCCAGGCCACCAGUGUCCCCUUCCUCUGCUUCUCCAUGGGCUUCCUGCUGGGGCUGGGCUUUGCCUGUCUGUACCAGGCAGCUGCAGUGGUCACAGCCAAGCGCUGCCGGGCUCGCCUGGGGCUCAGCAACGCCCUGGCCCGCUCGGGCAUGGGGCUGACCUUCCUCAUGGCCCCCUUCACCCAGCUGCUCAUCGAGGCCUAUGGAUGGCAAGGUACUCUGCUGAUUUUUGGAGGCAUCAUGCUGAACCUGGUUCCUUCCAGCAUGCUGCUGUGGCCUGCCAGCCCCCAGCUGCCUCAGAAAUCUGCCAAAAACCAACACCAGGGGUCUCCAGGGGCAGAGAAAGAUCCAGAAGCUCCUGGUGGGUGUUCAGAUGGAAGCACCCAGAGGGAAUUUCAGCUUCUCCAUCAUGCACAGGAGAGACUGGUGGUGCCCCAUGGCAGAGAUGUCUCAGAGCCAGCAAAUCCAUCUGCCCUGCAGAAACCCAGCCUGGAGAGCUCCUGCCCAGAAACCCUCACCAAGGCCAGGAGAAGCCACCAAACCCCUGCAGCCACCACAAAGGAACCUCCUCAGCCUCUGCUGGACUUCUCCCCGCUGAAGGACCCCGUUUUCUACAUCUUCACCUGGUCCUUCCUCUUCAGCCACCUGGCCUAUUUCGUGCCCUUCUUCCACCUGGUGGCCAGAGCCAGGACCUUGGGCUUGAGCAGCAGGGAUGGCUCCUACCUCAUCGCCGUGGCUGGUAGGCACAGGGACCUCCACACCCCCAGCCCACAGGAAAACAGCCCCAAUUCUGCCCAGAAAUGGCCCCAGAUGUGUCCUGGGAUGGAUCCUCCUGGGUGCUUCUCCCAGUGCCAGCUGGAUGAUCCCACACCCUCCCUGCUCCCAAAAACCACAAAUCUUCCCUUAAAAGGUGCUCUGUGCCCACCACAAUCCCUGCUGGGCUUAAACCCCCAAGCUAGAAGGGCAUCCAAAACCCUCCAGUUUGACCCUAAAGGGAGAAAUUCAAUACUGGGGAAAAACCUCCCACAUUUAUCCAUUUUGGUUUCCAAACAGGUGGAUCUGGUGGGUGUGCAGAAGCUCCACAGCAACCUGGGCUUUGCUGCUUUCUUUGCUGGCAUAGCAGCCAUGGGAGGACCCCCUCUAGCAGGGUGGCUCUAUGACUACACCCAGACCUACGCCUGCUCCUUCCUCUUUGCUGGAGCCUGUGCUCUCAUCUCACCCAUCUCCUUCUUCUUUGAGCCUGCAGCCCAAAAAUGGAAGCUAAAAAAAGCCAAUUUGAACAAAAACUGAAGUUUUAAAGGCUGAGCUUUGAUCAUAUCUACGUGGGAAAGCCAUUGCCUGAACUGGGAAGGAUCAACAGCAGCAACACUGAAAAUACCAGAAUAUUCCAAAAUAACUGGAAUUUUUGGAUGUCAGAUUCAGUUUGGAUAGCUGGAUAUUUGUGCUGAUUAAAGCCAGCUGAGAAAGGCACAGUGUGAAGUGUAUGGGGGAAAUGCAGCCCAUGGUGGUGCCUCAGCUCCUGAGCUGGGUUUUUGUGCCUCUCAGAUUGAAUCCUCAGCUCUGUCCUGGACUCACUCACCUCGUGGCAUGAGCAGCUCCCAGAGAUUCCAGCUCAUUUCUGCUCACUGGCCCUGGGGAGGGAUGAGGGCAGGGAGAUCCUUCCUUCCAUGAGGGUCCUGCAGGAGCUCCUCUCUCUGGGGCAAGGAUGCUGCAGUGGGGCCACUCCACAUCCCAGCACAGUCACUGCCACAGCACACACGACCUGGAGGCAAAACCAGUUUUAAUUAAAGCCAGAUAACAUAAAUAAUAUAAUAUCAUAAUAUAAUAUAAUAUAAUAUAAAUCACAACACAGCAAAGUCAGAGACCAAACCCACCCUCCCCAGCUUCCCAACACUCCAGGGACUCCUGUCAUGGACAUAUUUUAUGAAAAAUUGUUUCAUUAGGAUCUUUUCUCCUGAGAAGCUGAGAAGCUUCAGAGGAA